AUGUCCUUUGAAGCUUUCCGAGAACUCCUUGUGGAACACAAGGUCGAGCUCUCAAAGUUUGGGACAGGUGGUUUCAAAACUCUGGAGCAGUUCUAUGAUGAUGUGGUGACCACAGAGAAAAGUCACCUACAAUUUGUGGGAGGUUCUUUGCGUCGUCUUGUAGAGCUGGUGCGGAUUUCGUUGCGCUUCAGAAGUAGCAAUGGCAAAUUGAAGGAACUGCGGACAAAAUGUGUUGCAAACCCAGAUGGAUCUCUUCGAGAAAAAGAUCUGCCAUUGGCCAUGGUUUUGCGACCUGGCGAUGCUGGUGGAUGGCAAGCGGGUGUGGAGAACUGCUUUCGAACAAAGUUCGGCUUAUCGCCAGAGCUGCAGAAGCUCUGUUUUGUGACCGACCAUCAGGCGUAUUCUUAUGAGGAGACAACUGCAGACUCCUCAACUGUACCGAGCAUCCCAACUCUUUAUAAGACACACAGCACAACGAUCACCGUUAAGAGCACCACCAAGGCAGAGCUGAAAGCCAUCGGUCUCCCGGCGGGUGAUGACUUUGACACCAAUCAUAAUGGCCUCCACCACUGGGGCUGGGUCGAGAUCAUCUCAAGCAGAGAGGAGGAGCUGAUGCGCUUGCUGCAGUCGCAUGGCAUUGACUUUUCAUUCUCCUGGCGCAGCUUUGCGGAGCUUUAUGAAGAGAUCUAUGACAAAAAACAAUCACGACUGCAGGUGGUGAACAAUGAGCUGGUCCGGCACCUGUGCGUCAUUAAGGUUUGGGUUUGUGCAUCUAUCUUAAACUGCAAGCACAUCUUGGUGGUGAAGACAAAGCAGAAAGAAGGCUCAGCCGAGAUGCGCGAGCCACGGACUUUAUCAAUGCGAAUGCGUGAGGGUCAAAGCUGGCAGGAUGCAUUGCGAGAUGCCUUAUACCAACGCCUUGGUCUUCCCGAACAACUACAGAGAGACGAACUUGCCUGCGAUCUUAUCGGGAGGCGCCAGGAGGUGGAAUACUCCAGGAGCUUUCCUGGGCUAAAGACUCUCUAUGACAUCUUGGAGGUCAACUGCGAGGUGUGCCAUCCGCAUGAUCAGCGCUGGUCAGUGAUUGGACUUCCUGCAGCAUCAGACUUCACCUACCUCCGAAAAAACGAGGUUGCUGGACAAACAGAAGCUGUAGUCACUCGAUGGGGCUGGUGUGUACCAACUGGAGAGAACUACGUUCUGCAGCCACCCAGCUUGUUUGACAAGAAGGAGUCUACAGGCACAGUGGAGGUGGACCAGAAUGGCCAGGUCUUGCCUCCAGGGAUUUUGCCUGUUCGUGGCUCCAACGAACUCCUGGUGAGUCGGGUGAUGGAAGGAAAAGUCACCGAUUGGGCGAGGGCACGGAGAGCAGCAGAGAUGAUUCGCUCGCGGGACUACACGACGAAGGAUUUCUAUGAGGAUGUGGUUGCAGCCUUUCCUGAACUGCGACUUUAUUCCGUGGUCCGAGUGUCCGAAGUGAGACAUCAUGAUCACAAUUUGGUGAUGAGUACAUCAGCCAAUCGAUCGGGUGCCGAUGAGUUUCAACGGACGAUUGGGGCACUCUUCUGCAUCUUCUGGCUCAUGCGACAACACCUGGACGGGCGAGAAUGUUUCUGCUUCGGUCUGGAUAGCGAGUGGAAGAACGCCAAAGAGUUCCUCAGGCAAACACCAGGUAGGGAGGCCGAGUACAAUCGUCGCAUGAAUUUCUACGAAAAGGCCAACUGGAAGGCCAUUGAGGAGCUCAUGGUAGGUGCUGGAUUGCUCACAGAAACCGGGCACGACAUCGAAAGGACUUUGGCCAUGCUGGUGUUGAUGACCAUUCACGACAUUAUGAAACUCGACAUUUUGAGACCCUCUGUCUUGAUGGCCGAGUUCUGUGGCUACAAGCCAGGAGAUGUGAUUGGUGAUCAUGACAUUGCUCUGAGCUAUGUCUUGGAGCGCUGCCCAGAAGCCUUGCCCUCUUUUGCAGGGCUUUUGCCGGAACUGCAGGAGAGCAUUCGAUUUACUCACUGCAAACUGGAUUACAAUAUGGGUUGGCUGGUGCAAGCAGAAGCUCAUCCUGGUGCUCUCUUCCGAGCCUUCCGGAGGGUGAUUCUUGAGCGACCUCAGGAGAAGUCUGGCAAUGACGUGGCCUUUUACUUUGUGCAUUGGUUCGCAGACUUGGCAGGGGCCGAAGCUUCACCUCUGACGGGCUGCGAAAAAUUUGUACUGAAAUUCCCUUUGCACGUGUUGAGCAGCUUCAUUGAUUCUUUCCAAGUGGUUUGGAAGCUCGGCCCUCGUACGGAGACGGAGGUGCUGGAGGAAUACCUCAAAUGGCGCUGGGGCACAAUGCCAACCAAUCUCGGAGCAUGUCCAACGGGAGCUGGAUCUGUUGCCAAGAUGAGAUUGGUUCUAAUGGCUCAGGGUGACUCGCUGGAGAUCCUUCGGCAGUUCAGGCUGCUCCCCAAGUCGGAUGCCAACAUUCUUAGUAAGGAGCUCGCAAUCACAGGUUGUCCUGGCCAGCACUUCACCUGUGACGAUCUGAGGGAAUCCCGGGGACCAGCCCUUUUGGUUUACUAUGCGCCAGCACUAAUGCAGAAAGCUGGUCGACAGGAUCCACUGGGUGCUCUCAGGAUCUUAGCUGAAGUCCUGCGACAAGCAAGAACGUUGUGGCCCCUGAAUGAGUCCGACGCAGAGAAAACCGUGCUUGUGCGCAUCGACAUUCUCAAGGAGCUUGAAGUCGCAGACAUUCUUGAGCCAGCCACAGGUGUUCGUUUUGUGCUUGCGAGGAACAGUUUGUACGAUGGACAAGUGAAAGCUGCCAGUUUGGCAGAGGUACAAGAAAUAAAUGCUGCCACCUCCCAACUUUUGAAUUUCAACCGCGCCUCGUUCCCUGGGUUUAGACCCCGCCGACUCAGUCUACUUUUCCUGACCUCUUUCCUUUCCUUUGGAACACAGCCCGCCUGA